UGGAAAAAUUAUAUCAAUAAAUAUGUAUUUUCAUAAUUAUAAUUUUAUUAUAGAAAUUAAUAAAAAGCAUGGAGGAUGACAUCGAUAUUUAUGAAGACUUACCAAAUUUUAGAACAGAAUUCAAUGAAAAUUUUGUGACAAAUAAUGAAAAUAUUGUGGAUGAACAUCUAAAAUUAAAAAAACAAAUUACAGAACUAAAAACAAGAUUGGAAAAUUUUCAAAAGAUUAAUGAAAAUUUAGAAAUUAAUUUAUUUUCAUUAUUGAAAACUGCAAAAGCAGAAAUUGCACGAAAAGAUAAAAUGAUAGACCAGUUAAGAAAAAAAUUAGAUGAUGCAACAUUCAAAAGAGAUAAAUAUCCUAAAACUAAUGAUUGUAUCAUUCAUAAAUCCACUUUUCGAGAAACCAUUGUAAAUACGCAUCAUAAAUCAACUGAUAUUUAUUUUCCUCCAAACGAAAAAGAUAUUGAAACAUUGGUAGCAGGUUAUUCAUGUAAUCAAACCAAAAAUCAACGCAACAAAUCUGCUUUAAUUCCUAUCACUGUUUUUGGUGAGCGAUUAGUUAAAAGAAUGACAGAUGAACAAAAUUUAGAAAAAAAAAACAAGCAAUCAAAUAAACUAAAUAAUAGUAAUAAUGAACAUAAAAAUAACAAAAGCUAUAUAGUUAAAAAUAAUAAAGAAAAUGGUUUUUUAAGUGAUACUAAUUCUUAUAUUACAAAAGAAACUGAAUCUUCAAUUGUUCAAAAUAAAGAAAUUGAAUAUAGGACAAAAUCUUCAUCAAGAAAUAUGAUAAAAGAUACUGAUUUAAAUGAUAAAGAUAAUAAAAAUGAAAACUCUAGACUUCUGCAAAAAACAAUACACAUGUCAAUGCGAAAAAGAACAAAUGAAGAAAUAAACAAAGAUAUUCCUAUAAAACGAAUAAAAUCUACUAGAGAAAGAUAUUGUUUUGAAACAAUGAGAAAAAACGGAAAAAAAGAAACAAAUAAUAUAAUUUCUGAAUCCAAGGAAAAAUCUACAUUUCCUCUGUAUAAUAAUUUUGAAUCUUCCACUCAUUUUAAUGAAAAGCAACAUAAUGUAAAAAAUGUUACUGUAGGAUGUACUCAUAAUUCAAGGAUCGAAUUGAAAAAACAUGAAAAUUUGAUUGAUAAUAUAAAUAAAGACAAUGAAAGAAAGAAUAAAAAAAGAAAUGAAAAAAGAAAUGCUAAUGAACAUUCUACAAAACAGCAUAUAAAAUCUACUCAAAAUUCAACAUUUACUUUAGAUGAGAAAAAUAUAGGUUAUCGUUGCAUUGAAGUUUUUGAAAAGGAUAAUUAUCGAUCUAAUCAUAGUAAACAUCAUCAUAGAGAUAGACAAAAAGGAUAUCAUCAUAUUGACAAUCAUCGAUCACGUGUAAAAUCAACAGCAUAUAUAAAAUCGAAUCAAAUAGAUCGAGAAGAGAAAUUUAAUAAAAAUCAAUAUAAUAAUAUAAAAUAUCGAAGUAAAAACAUUGAAAAUAUAGAAAAUAUUGAAAAAUUUAUUUCUGAUUCUUCUUUAUCUUGUAAAAAAAUAUCUACAUCAAAUACUAUUCAUGCAUUAAAUGAUUCACAAUCAAAUUCAAUAGAAAAAAAAGAAAGUAUUAAUAUUUUAAAUGAUUUUCGUAAUUAUAAAGAAGAUUUAGAAACAUACCAUUUGCCAGUCCCAAAUAUUAAUGAGAUUCUUCUGUUUGAUAAAAAUCAAACAAAUAAGGAACUUUUAAUAUCUAAUGAAAAGUUACCAAAUACAUCUAUCUUAUAUAUUUCUGAAAAUAAUUUUAUCAAAAAUAAAAAUAUUGAAACACAAAUAAAAAAAAUGAUACCUUCAAAAGAUAUAAAAAAUAUAUUACAAGACAAUAAAGAUAUUGAAUUAAAUUUUAUUAAAUUAAUGGAAAAUAAUUAUCUUUCUAAUAAUAUAAAACAACAGGCAUUGAGCCAAAUGGAGGUGAUAGAUCAUUCAUUAAAAAAUACUGUAAAAGAUAAUGUUCUUCAAAAUUCUUGUAUUCAUUCUACCAUUCUUUUUAAAUCACCCAAAGAAAUAAUUGAAAUACAAACAGAAAAAAUAUCUUCAAAAGAUGUAAGAAAUUUAUUACAAAAUAAUAAAUCAAUUGAAUUAAAUUCUAUAGAAUCGAAAGAUAAUUAUUUCUCUGAUAAUUCAAAGACAUUAACACAGAAAACAAUAGAUCAUUCAUUGGAAAAUACUAUAAAAAACAAUGUUUUUCAAAAUUUUUGCUCUCAUUCUACUGUUCUUAAAGCAUCUAAAGAAGCGGAUAAGGAAGAAAAUAAUCAUAUUAGUAUAACUACUAUUAAUGGCAUUGAGAAUGAUAUUGGAAACAAUCAUAACAAUUAUUGCAAUGAUUAUGAUAAAUAUAAAACUAAUCAAAACAAUUCUGAAAAUGUUAAAACGACAAUGAAAACAGAAUAUGAAAGUACAAUAGAUGUCAUAACAGAAGUAACACAAGAAAAAGAAUGUGUUAAAUAUAUAGCAAAAACAGAAGAAGUAGAGUUAAAAGAAUUUAGAAAACCACUACAAAAAAUUGUAAAUAAUAAUAAAAACACAAGAAUUACAUCAAUGAAUAUUCAUGGAAAAAUAAUUGUGUUUGCACGACGCAAAAAACCUGUAUGUUUGGCAAACAGCAAUGCAAACAUGACUGUUCUUAUAAACAAUAAAUAUAAUAUAAAUGUCGAUUUGCCAAGUACAGAAAUUAAACAACAUAAACAAACAAACAUGACAUGACUAAUACAAAUUAAUUGAUAAUAAAAAAUGAACAGAAAUUAUAAUAAUAGAAGUUAAUAACAACAACAA